UAAGAUAUCAUAUUUUCACAAUUUUUAAGCCGUAAAAAGGGCAGAUUUAGUUAGAUCUUUUAAAUUAGUUUUAGAUUCUUCUCUCCAGGGUGAAUGUUUCUCGGAAGCAGCAGGACAGUGAUGUACCGCCCAUGUGUCUAAGUCCUGUAAGAGCGCAGCACAAUCAUCAUAAAGAUACUUUAUUGAAGCCUUUACGCGGUGAGUGAGUUCAUUAUUCAUCUGGUAUUUACUGUAUAACCUGACACAAGAACCCGGGUUAAGGUCUGAUAGAUGGAAAAUAACUUUCUUAACUUUGGUUUAUGCUAGCCGAGCAGAGUUAGAUGGCAGAUGCAGGAUGGUUAUUGAACUGGAGCUGCGCUUUUGUAUGGAGAGCCUUUUUCCCUGACCGUUCGCAGUGACGUGCUCAAAUAAUGCUGCCGCGUAGAAGCAUCAUUCCCGAAGAGUUCGCGUUCUCCCCGGCGCUCUUGUCGCCGAUUCACCGCAGACCUGUGUUCAGGGACCGCGUGAACAAAGCGCGCUUCAUCGCCAAGAGCGGCGCGUGCAACUUGUCGCACAAGAACAUCCGCGAGCAGGGCAGAUUCCUGCAGGACGUGGUCACUACUUUGGUUGAUCUCAAAUGGCGUUUCACCCUGGUGAUUUUCUCCAUGACGUUCCUGUGCAGCUGGCUGCUGUUCGGUAUGUUCUGGUGGCUAGUGGCCUUUGCGCACGGGGAUCUGGACCCUAACCCUAAACCUGGCGUAGAGCAGUGUGUCACUAAUGUCAACUCUUUCACCUCUGCCUUCCUCUUCUCCAUCGAGGUGCAGGUGACGAUAGGAUUUGGUGGGCGUAUGAUAACAGAACAGUGUCCCACAGCCAUCAUGGUGCUCAUAUUACAGAACAUUAUCGGCCUAAUAAUUAACGCUGUCAUGUUGGGCUGCAUCUUCAUGAAAACUGCCCAGUCCCAUCGGCGUGCCGAGACCCUCAUCUUCAGCCGCCAUGCUGUCAUCGCCGUGCGUAACAACCGCCUGUGCCUCAUGAUCCGGGUGGGUGAUCUGCGUAAAAGCAUGAUCAUCAACGCAGUUGUGCACCUCCAAGUGGUCCGGAAGACCACUACUCCAGAGGGCGAAGUCAUACCCAUCCACCAGAUCGACGUCCAGACAGAGAGUGCAGUUGCCAGCAACAGCAUCUUCCUGUUGGCGCCCCUGAUCAUAUGUCACGUCAUCGAUAAGGACAGUCCACUGUACGAUCUCUCAGCGAUGGAGCUGCAGUGUAACGAUCUGGAAGUCAUUGUGAUCCUGGAAGGUGUGGUGGAGACCACGGGCAUCUCCACUCAAGCACGCACCUCGUAUGUGACUGAGGAGAUCCUGUGGGGCCACCGAUUUGUACCUAUAGUGACCGAGGAAGAGGGGGUGUACUCGGUGGACUACUCAAAGUUCGGAAACACGGUCAAAGUGGCCACCCCACGCUGCAGUGCCCGCGAGCUGGACGAGAAGCCAUCUAUCCUGAUCCAGACACUCCAGAAGAGUGAGCUGUCACAACAGAACUCUUUACGCAAGAGGAACUCCAUGCGCCGGAACAACUCUAUGCGUAAGAGCAACUCCAUGCGGCGCAACAAUUCCACACUUGCCGUGCCCAAAGUGCAGUUCUUCACCCCUGAGGGUGGACCAAAUCUAACAGUCACAUGACAAAAGGACAGCUUAGUGAUUUGCACCAAUCUUUCUUUAAGUCCUUGUCUUUCUCUAGGUCCUUGACAAGCUCUUUCAUUCUUUUUAUCAUUCCCAACUCUGGCCCACAAGAUCCACUUUUCUGCAGAGUUUAGCUCCAGCAGUAAUAAAAUGCACCAGAACAAGCUAUUCGGUGGACUACUGAAAGUUUGGAGACAUGGUUAAGGUGGCCACCCCAUGCUGAACUGGCCACAAGCUGGACGAGGACCCUCCUUCCUGAUCCAGAUGCUCAAGAAGAGUAAGUUGUUCCACCACAACUCUUUGCACAAGAUUAACUUCAUGUGCCAGAUAACUCUGUGUGCAAGGGCCACUCUAUGCACCGCAACAAUUCCACUCUUGCUUUGCCCAGAGUGUAGUUCCUCAUCUCUGAGAAUGGACCAAACCUUGCUGGCACAUGUCUUUCUCUAGGUCCUUGUCAAGCUCUUUCACUAUUUUUAUCAUUCCCAUUCUGGGCAUACUGGGCCCUUGAAAUAAACUUUUCUGAGUUAAGCGCCAACCUUAAUAAAACACAGUCUUUAGGAUUACUAGGCCCUGUCCCAAAUGAGACCCUAAGCCCUUGUGGUCUUCUUCUUAGACCACUCAGCAGAAGUGUGCAUCGAGAGUGCAUAGUGCAGCAAAGGCUGCACUAGCGAGCAAUCUUCUGAAAAGUAAAAUAAUGAAUGGGACACCCUACAGCAGUUUUUCCCAACCCUGUUCCUGGAGGCACACCAGCAGUACACAUUUUGGAUGUCUCCCUUAUCUGACCCCUCCAUUUCAGGUCUUGGAGUCAACCAGUGAACUGAUGAGUUGAUUCGGGUGUUUGAUUAGGUAGAGUUGAAAAACAUAGUGUUGGUAUGUCUCCAGGGACAGGAUUGGGAAACAAGUUCACAAGAAGUAUGCCACUUUGGACAGGGCCUUGAUUCUGAUUGGUUUCUUGUAUGACUGUUGAUCAAGUCAAGUCAUCUUUAUUUCUAUACUGCUCUAUACAAUACAGAUUGUGUCAAAGCAGCUUUACAGUGUUAAACAGAAAAAUAGUGUGUCAAAAAUGCAAGAGUACAACAGUAAAGUAAAAUUUUCAGUGAUAGCCAGUUCAUCACUGAUUCAAGAGCGACAGUGGCAAGGAAUCCAAACUCCAUCUGUGACGGAAAUGGAGAAACCAGGCUCAAAUAAUGAUCUUCAAAUAAUGUGUAAUUCCUGAGAGCUCCACAAAUAAUUAGACAAAUUAGUCAACAUGAAACAGAAAUGUCCUAUCUGGCUUCUAAAAGCAUAUUACAGAUUGUAUUGUAAACAAUUCUUCUUACUUUCUUUUUGUAAUUUUAAAAUGUCAUGACUGAACAUUAGACUUCUCUCUGGUGAUGUAUGCAAGUUGUUCUUGUUUUUUUACAUAACACUUGGAUGUUUUUUUAUUUUGUUUUAUUUUUUAUAUCAAAAGAACCUUUUUCUUCUAUAACGAACAUUUUGUGGAAUGGAAUGUCUUUUGUGGAUAUUAACUUUUUCAUGUAACCAUCAAUGCCAAUAAACAACCUUUAUUUUUAAGUGUACUUCUGUUUCAGCACGACAAUGACAAUGUUUCACAUUUAAAUAAACAACUUUUA